AUGUUUGCUGCAAAAGAAAGCUGGGUUCACCAGCUAUACUUUGUCUUGAGGGGUUAUAGAACCAGCACCCAAACUGCAACUGGAGAAACCCCUUACAGACUAACGUAUGGAUGUGAAGCCUUGAUUUCGGUAGAGAUUGGAGAACCCUCAUGGAGAAGACUGAAUAGUCUUGAACAAGGUGAGCAACAGAAUAGUAGAAUGCUUAUUGAAGAAUUAGACCUUGUGGAUGAAGCUAGGGUCACAGCUCACUGCCGGAAUAUGAUGGCCAAACAACAGACCGCAGCAAAGUAUAAUAAGAAAGUGAGACCAAGGAAUUUUGAAACAAAUUCAUGUAAUUCGCAAUUUGAUAUCAAUAAAUGA